AUACUCUUCCUCUAAGGAAUUUUGCUUCCACAGCUCCAAGAGGUCACAGGUCACAAAGGAACCCAUAGAAACAGGAAACGGAGCUUCCUCAGCCUACUUUCAAAUACUCAAAACCUGUUUCCUUUCUCUAUAGCAAACACAACCUCACAGUCCAGCAUUUGGUUCAGAUCCACUGUGAAAGCAACAGUGCAAAGUGAAAGAGUUUAGACGGGCGCGGCUGAAGCCAAUAUGAGAGACAUACUAAGGUUCUUGCAAGCCAGGAGAAUAUGGGAGAUGUUUUCACUACUGCUUUUAUUAACCUUGGAAUGCAGCAGUGCAGAAGCCAAUUCAACAGACCCAUCCUUGGUCAUGAUUUCGGAUUCCAGCCCAGUGGAAGUAAGUCAUCCUGGCUUGACUGUUCCUGAAAAUCAGAGCUUUGGAGAUGUGCAGGCACCAUCAUCAAUACUGGAUUCUUCUGAGAAACCCCCUUCUGUGCUGACUGUAAAACAGGAUGAAUGGGACAUAAAACAUAGCACUUUUAUCACUCAAAGCUCAGCAACUCCAGUUACAACGCAGCAAGGAGAAAAUAUCACUCUUAAAACUCUUAGCAGAGAAAAGGACCGCGAUGGUGAUGUUACAAAAUCCAAGGCAUUGAUCCUACCUAAGGAUGGAGGGCAUCCAGCACAGAUCAAUCCUCGAAAGGGCCCCCUUGAAAAGGAAACACCCAAAAAACCAGUUGUGAGCAGAACGUCCAGGCAAUCGGGCUACAGCAGCAACAGCCAGCAGGCUAAAGAUAACAGAAGCCCCAGCUUUGAAACGACCAGGGGAAAGAAUUGGUGUGCCUAUGUUCACACAAGGCUUCAACCCACCAUUGUGGUUGACAAUGUACAAACCUAUAGCUCUGGGAGAGCCAAGCCAUGUACUUGGAUUACGGGACCCUGUGGAACAAGUUCCCAGUCAAGGACCCAGCAAGUUUACAGGAUCAAACAUAUUAUAGUGACCUCACUGGAGUGGAAGUGCUGUCCAGGAUACAGUGGAGGAACAUGCCAACCAACAGCCCAACAGGACCAAAUGCUCCUCCACAGCAACCAGGCAGAGAGUAACACAGCUACUACCGGACAAACACUGGGAAACCAACAGCAGCAGCAGGAGCCCAACGACCAAGCAGUUGCACAAAAAACAAAUGAACAGAUUAGCAGCCAGGAGAUGAAACUGACUUUGCUACAGAAGAAGGUUGACAACAUUUCAGUCGUCAUGAGAGAUGUGAGCCGGACGCUUUCCUCUCUGGAAGGCAAAAUCAAUGAAGAUAAGAGCACAGAUUUGGUGGCGUUUCUAAAAGGUUUCAAAUCUAAAGGUGUGACUGAAAUUAUCAAAGAAAUUGUAAAAGAGCAAUUUAAAGCCUUCCAAAAUGACAUGCAAGAGACAGUGGCUCAGAUUUUCAAGAUCACAUCUGAUCUCUCUGAAGACCUUGAGAAUACAAAAGGCUUGGUCAAAAGUUUGAAUAAAUCCUGCCAGAGAUUUGCCCUUGAUAUUGAAAAUAGACCUACAAAGGUAGAAAUACUAGACAUUCGAACCCAGAUCUUGCAUAUUGAAGAAGAUAUAAGCUUUACAUGUGAGAAGCCAAUCAAAGAACUGCAAGAAAAGCAGAGAUCUUUGGAAACUGACCUAGAGCAUCAAAGCUCAAAGAGUGAUAUUUACUAUGACUCUCUGAACACAACUCUUACACAAAUGAAAGAAGCACACGAACAACUGCUAUCAGCUGAACGAAGCUCAGUCCAGAAUGUACCCAUAGCUGCUGAAUCAAUGAGUGAUAAUCUUACAAAUUUCAUGACAAAUUUACAGGAGAAAAUGAGAACCCAGAACCUGAUGGUUUUGCAGCUGUACGAUGAUCUCAGAAUCCAAGAUAACAAGAUCAAUAAUCUUACCAUCUCAUUUGAAAUCCAGAGACAUGAUCUACAAGGUAGAUGUGAUAACAUAUUGUCCCAGUGCAGAAGUGAUAUCCAAAUGCAAAUAAGUGGUGUGGAAGGGGUUAUUCAUUCCUUAAAUAAAUCUGUGGAGAAUCUCAUGUUUCCCUUGGAUGAUAAGAUAGAGAAAAUGAAUGAACAAAUUAAUGAUCUCUGCUAUGAUAUGGAGAUUCUUCAGCCCUUGAUUGAACAAGGAGUUCCUUUCAGCCUUACAUCAGAGGAUGAGUUGCGUCUUGAAACAGAUACUAUUAGCAGAAAACUGGAGAACUUAACUAGUGUUGUGACAGCGCUGAACUUCACCAUUGAGAAACUCCACAAAAAUCAGAAGGAACUUAAAAAUGAAGCUCAGGAUCUUGAUGAAAUUUCUCAGAGGCGUAUCGAUGAAUGUUUUGUUUUAAUGGAGGAUGGAUUAAACAAAACCAUGAUGGUUAUCAACAGUGCUAUUGAUUCCAUCCAAGAUAACUAUGUACUCAAAGAAUCCCUGAAUACCUGGAAAAAUGAGACCGAAGCUUGCUGUGAUCAUGGGGAGAAGAUGGAAAAUAUGUUGAUGUUAAUACCACAAUUUCAAAAGAUGAAUGAAUCCCUUCAGAUACUAGUCAACCAAAAUGAGAAACCCAAAAGAAUUUGGCCCCCUGUGGAAUCUUCAUUUGGUGAGCAGAACAUCCAUCACCUCAGCAGAGGUCACCCUAACGCAAAUACCACAUUAUUAAAUGUUCAAGAGCACAAGCAAGACACUGGUCACCCGGAUGAGAAAAUAUUGCUCUCCAGCAAUGAAUAUAAUGACCAUGAAAUGCGGCUGCAGGCUGUGGAGGCAAAAGUCAUCAAAUUCUUGGCAAACAAUUGUGUCUCAGUAAGGAACGUGAAAGCAGCUGCCACGGAAAAUGAGAAAGCCAUCUCUGUUCAGCUUCAGACCUUCAAUUCCAGAAUCAGGGCUCUUGAAGCCAAAAGCAUCCGCUUAUCGCUGAGCAUCCCUGUCUUAAACAAGACAGCCAAUGAAGCAAGGAACUUGUGUCAGGGUGUCUCUGGAACCAUUAAAGAAAUGAAUGCCAGCAUUCCCAAACUGAUGCCAAGUGUUCAUUCAGAGGGCAUAUUGUUUCAGAAAGGCUUCCAAGAGCUCACCGAUGCCAUGGUUGAGGCCAAAACAGAAGCACUUCUAGCCAAUCUAACCUUGUAUGUAGACAAGUCCCUAGAAGAGGCAGUAGACACUAUAACCAAACGGUUAAAGGCAACUGUUACAGUCCCGAAGAAGACAUUACCAGGGAAAAAGACUGCUGUGAACGCCGCUACAAAUCAGGCUGGGAGAAGUCAGAGAAACACUGAAUCUGCUUUAGAAACAGGGGAUUAUCUGAGCUGUAGUAGCUCCCCGUGUCAAAAUGGCGGGACCUGUGUCAAUGAAAGGAAGGGCUUCGUCUGUGCUUGUCGCUAUCCCUUUGGAGGAGCCAACUGCAGCGCCAAGAUGACGGAGGAAAAUGCUGCAGCCAUAGAUUUUUCAAAGGGGUCUUACAGAUAUGCACCAAUGAUCGCCUUUUUUGCUUCGCACACCUACGGAAUGAACACACCUGGUCCUAUUCGAUUUAAUAAUCUGGAUGUCAACUACGGGACCUCUUAUGUCCCUGCAAAUGGAAGGUUCCGCGUACCCUACUUGGGAAUCUAUGUCUUUGAGUAUAACAUUGAGUCAAGCAGCCCCUCCAUCUCAGGUUAUCUUGUGGUUGAUGGAACAGAUAAGCUAACUUUCCGAUCUGAAAAUGGAAGCGGAGACAAAUAUGUCACUAGAGUAGUUACUGGAGAUGCCAUAUUGGAACUGAACUACGGACAAGAAGUUUGGCUCAGACUGGCAAAGGGCUCUAUCCCAGCAAAAUACCCACCUGUAACUACAUUUAGUGGCUACUUAUUGUACCGUACAUAAAAGCUGCCAUCCAAUAUUUCUUCCCUGUUACUUCUAACUUCUUUCUAUCCAAAUAAAGGAAACCUUCUUUAGAGUUCCCAGCUCUUCUUUGGUAGAUUUCCUGUGCCUCUAAUUUUUGCACAAUAGACAGAAAUUAGAUAGGAAAUACUUUCCCCAUACUUGGAUUUCAGUACUGGCCAAACAAAACAAAACAAAAAAACACAACAACAACAGAUGAUAACUUGGCUAAUGACAAAAGGAUCCUACUCAACUUUUCCCAAUCUUGGCAACUUUCAGACGUGUAGAUUUCAGCUUUCUGAAUCCUUAUCUAUGGCCAUGCUGGCUAUAGAAUUCUGAAGUCUGAAGUCGACAAAUAUGAAAAUGGCUAGAUUAGGGAAAUCGUGUUGUGCAUGAUGUUAUAGAUAUUCUAACUGUGUAAAAAAAUCUUUGGAGAACAUGUAACUUAAUUAGAUUUUGGUAGCUCAUGAUAUUCAUAUGAUAUCAGCUAAGGGCAAAUCGACUCCAGGCUUGCCCUAUCUACUUUGUUUUCUUUUUAUUAGAAAAACUAAAGUUAUUCAGCUAUAACAUCUUCUGCCUUCUGUUGAGUUAAACAUCAUAACAUUUUGGGGAAAACUGUGACAGUUGUACCUGAAGCUUUGGAGGAUCACUUGCCGUCCUAGUAAUAUGCUAAUAGAUUCUGGUCUGCCUGCUAACUAUUUCUAAAGCCAUUGUUUCGUUCAUCUACAACUUGUAUCUGAAUGUUCCUGUUCCCAUGUCAAUGGGCUGAAAAGAUCCAGGUGAUAUAUUCUCCUUUUAUAUUGAGGCCUUUUAUAUAUUCUCUCUCUGUAGCCAUAUGAAGUAGUAUUAUGAAAAACUGUCGAUAUAUUAGGAACAGGGUGGCAAAAAUAUUUUACAGCUAAGAAUUUUGGGGGAUUUUUGGUGGGAGGGUGUGGUUUUAAGUUAAUUUACUUUGGCUUCAGAGAGAGGCAGUAGUAACAUAUUCAUAUCACUGAAAGAAGUAGUUGGAGGAAAUGUGAUCUGUUUUUUCUCUACUUUGGGGUCUAGGAAAGUUAAAAUGGCAAAAUAGACAUUAAGUGUAUAAAAGAUUAAUGAUCCUCCUUUUUUUGCCCUUAUUUUUGAGAGCAUUUUUGUAGUUUAUUGAUUUUUUUGCCCUUAUUUUUGAAAUGGGGAACAUCAUACUACUGAAAAAAUCAGUGAUUUAUUUCCACAUUUUAACUGCAUGAUCUUGAGGAAUUCUAGAAGCUGCAGAAUGGGAGUGACAUUUUCCUACCCUUGAACUAGGAGGAAGAUUCAGAGUGAUGAAAUGCAAUUGAUUUCAUUUGUCAAAUUCAGUAUGUGGUUGAAACCAUAUGCAGAAUUUCACUUUAUCCUUCCAUCAUAUAUAAUUCAGAAGCUUAAGUCUCAUAACAAAAUUAAAUUUUAAUACUUUUAUUUACUCAUGCAACAUUUUGUAGCUAUACAAAAUUAAAGUGUAAAUGUACUGUAAAAACUAUCAAUUUAAAUACUGAAUUUCCAAGAUGUGUAAUUGUUUUUUGAUCUUUUUAAUAAAUUGUGUGUCAUUCAUGUAAGAGAUUAAUAAAUGAAUCAAAGCAUAAGUGAUCUUUAA